CGUGGAGACGUUAAGUUUUUUUUCCCUCCGUUUAUUUUUUUCGCCCUGUUUCUCUCUCUCUCUCUCUCUCUCUCUCCCACAGAUAGCGAAAUAUCGACGUGUGACCGUCAGGCUGGCGCUGGCAAUUUCGAGCGCCUCAACCCCGUAUAUCGGUCGGUUCAUCGGCGUGAACGCUGGUGGGCCGCCCGCGAUUUCGAGGAAGCGGCGCAACAACGUUUCGUCGUUUGACAUCGGAUACGAUGAGUCAUCCACCACCCCUGCGCGCGUUUCGAAACACGUUAGGAGAGAUACGGCCGGUCGUCGAUAUGCGAGCCGUGGUCGAUGUCAUUUCGACAUUGGAAAAGACGACAGUCACUAAAGAGGCGCUGGAGAUUACGAGACUCGGAAAACACAUCAACGAGCUUCGUCGAAAAACGAGUAAUGAAGCCCUGGCCAAGCGUGCGAAAGAUUUGGUACGCCGCUGGCGAGACAUGGUUUUACCGCCGACGGUACACCCCACGCCAUGUCAGCCUACCCUGGCUCUCAACGGUGCGAAGGAGGCCCUGAGGAGUUUCAAGCCACAGAGUCCUGCGUUGCGAGAGCUUAAGCCUCACAGUCCUCUAGCCUUGAAAGAUGCCACUCCUUUUAGAGUUCUCAGUCCGGCACUAUCCGUGCACAGCGACCAUUCACGAUCUCCUAACGCGUCUUCGAACAACAAGCAGUCAAUUACCCUGACCAGCAAUCACAGGAUAAGUUCCUGCUCGAGGAAUGCGUCCCCAGUACUCGGUACCUCGAAUCAGAAUCACGUAACGGAAGCGGUGCCGCGUACACACAGUUCCAAUAAGCGACUACGGAAAGAGGAGAGCAGCAAGGACCAAUGUCAAUACUAUCAAUCGCCGCAUGGAGCUGAGACGACGAUAGAAGAAGUCAAGAAGCAGCGGUUCAACGGCGAGAACAUAAGUGGUAAUUUAAAUUCGCAAGUGCCUAGCCCUACACUGAAGGAACGAAUCUCCGACUGUUUCGCGGAGACCACCUCCCUCGAGACCACGAACGAGGAGUCGUCGGGCCCGAAGAAGCGCGGCCGGAAAAAGGGCAGUAAGUCCGCGAAGCGACAAUCGUUUCUGGAGGACAGCGUGAAGGAGAAGCUGGCCAGUAUCUCGAGGAAUCCGAAACUGAAGACCACGCAGGAGCUACUGGCCGAUCUGCAGGCGCGCGGAAGCAAUUGCAGCCCCGUCGGCAGCGCCAAUGCCCUACCUAGUCAAAGCGUCGCGGAACCGCCCAGCAUGGAGGACGUUCUGCGGGGUAGCAACAAUGAGCAGGUGUCCAAGUAUCUGCGCAGCUCAAGCCAGAAGAACUCCCAGAGCCACAGGGGUCUGGCAUCCUCUGAGACGUCCACGGGCAAAACGCAACGGGCGACUCGAGCUUUGAGAUCCGCGGAGAAUUGCCGCGAGCCCUCGCCCGAGUCGUCGUGUCAGGACAGGCUGCGCGAAGACGACAGGCUAUCAGGUACCACCGAGACGUCGACGUGUCGAUCGCCGUUGCAGCGGGACCUCACGGUCGAGGAGAUAUUGGCCAAGUUACCGCCCUUGGAUCCCAGCUCGAUAGACUGGGGCGAAAACGAGGAACGGGACAACGCGUGCUUUCCGCCACCGCGGGAGGUCACCGCCGAGGAUCUCGAGAGGUUACACAUGCAGUGUGUCGAAGGACUUAACGGGAACUUCCAGCCGAGGCUGUCGACGACGGCGAGCGCGUGUUCCGACGGUGAUCACGAGCGCUCGAAUGCGAGGGACGGAGGGAACGGAGUGUCGUCAGGAUUAUCGAACGUGGAUAGUGUAAAAAGUGUGCAUAACAACCAAACUGACAAUGUGGAAUUUCGGGAGUGGCAUCAGAUGCUAGCGAGGCCCAGUUACCAGGCCGAGAUCCUCAACAUAAUGCCUUAUGUUAUUAUCGAUUAGUGAUUUUAUCAUCUUAUUCUAUUAUUAUCCUCUGUCCUCCCUCCAUCACCCCUCCUGCCUCCGAGAGAAAAUAAUUGUGGAGGAGAUAAUUCUACGGAUAAUUAAAAAGCAAGCCAAGUUGGCCGAGGAACCGCUCUCGGUCGGUUGAUCUAUUAAAACUAACGAUUUCUAUUGCGAUUUCUGAUUGUGCUCUUCAUUUCUCUAUUCACGCUGACGCACUGCAUCCUACCGGCAACCAUCCUCCUUCUCAUCAAUCAUUCCCAUUAAUAUUAGCCGCUAUUCUCGCUGAUCGUACAUGUGCAACCCCGUGCGGCGAACAGCCAUCCCUUCGUACCAUUGUUAUCGACAUCAACAUCGUCGUAUUAUAAUUAUUAUAAUUAUAAUAUUAAUAUUAUAAUUUAUAUAUAAUAUUAAUAUUAUUCCUUUUUAUUAUUAUUAUUAUUAAUAUUAUUGUUAUUAGUAUUAUUAUGUCAAUUAUUAGUACUGUCCCCGCUUCUAUUCCACUCCCUCCCCCCUCCCCUCAUUACUCUCAUAAUUAUUGUUAUUGCCAUCAUCACCACCAUCGUCAUCACUGUCGUCAUCAUCAUCAUAAUCAUCCUCACCACCAUCCUCCUCGUCACCGUCAUUAUUGUCGUUAUCGUUGUGCUAACGAUAAAGAAAUUAAGAGACCAUUAGGAAAAAGAAAAUAGAAUCAAUGCUAAAUUAAUGAUGGGCAAAUGCAGCCGCGUGAUGUUGAUUUUGUAAUAUCGCUGUAUACGCGGGAAUCAAUUGUUAAUUGUGAGAUACAAAUUGCAUAGAUGUGAAAUAACGUACAUACCGCGGGAUACGCGUGCUGCGAUACGAGUACUGCAUUAUUUUUACACACAAAAAAAAUAGGCGUCAAUGUGGCUCCUGACUUUUUACUUUUGGGUAUUCAAAUGUACACGGCAAUAAUGUCGCUUCUUAUUAAUUGGCGUUUACUCGCGAGAAAUUGGUUUUUACAUCUCUUUUUUUUUUUCUCUUUUUAUAACACACCGUGUUCAAUCCAAACAUUAAAGUUAAUCCUGACUUCAAUCGAGGGAAACAAAAGGAAAACGAAGCUAAAGAGACGAAUUAAUAAGAAUCACAUUUUGAGAAUCUGUGGGAAAAGACACGCAGAUAGAAACACAAAAAUGCAUUAAAAAAAAUUCAAGCGAUCGCCACGGUUUCUAAAGACGUUUGCCGUUCUUCAAGUAUUUCACAAGACUGUUACACAGGGACUUUUCUGUCGAAAGCGACUGUAUAGGAAGCAACGCGAUUUCUUCAAGCUAUCAAUAAGUUAGGUACACCGGUGCCUUAAUUAAGCAAAGGGAAAAAGAAGGAAAGGAAAAAAGGGGAGAGAAAAAAAAAGUAUAUUUGUCUAAGUCAUGUAGAGAUUUUCUACUCAAAAUUUCUUUCGUUGCACCCUUGCGUUGCGAUUUACGGCGGACGUAUCGUAAAGUCACGCACGAUCAUGCAUCAUCGGACGGCGAAAGACUGCGUUAACGAUUAAGUAUUUACGGACGCGACACACGAUUUUCUCGCAGGUGCAAUACCGGACAGGUUCGAAAAUUUGAUAAUAUACACACAGCAUGUGUCCCAAAAAGGAAAGGGUUAUUGCAGGAAAACUGAGUGAAUUAUUAAUAAAAAAAAAGAAAUUCCGAAACACGGAUGUGCGUGUGCCUGGCUUGUCUCCCUCAGAAGCGAUCCCCUGUCGAGCUCAAUAUUUACGAUAAGGCAUCUAGUCCAGCGAAGGAAAAUCGAGAGAAUUGUUUUGUAGAGUUGCGUUCAAUACACACAUUUGUUAAAACCACCUGUCUGCAUUUGGGCGAAAUUUGACAAGUCCUUUAAUUCUCAAGCCGUUUCUUCUCAUCCCCGUCAACCUUCCCGUCGAGAUUUUUCCCACGAAACGGAAAACGUGACCAUCGUCUACUUGCGAGAUUCGUGCGUAUUGCCCGAGGAGACUCCCGUACGUAGAUCGGAGAGCUGUGACGAAAGAAACUGUAUUUACACGAGAGUCAUCCAUUAUCCGAAAAAUUAGCUACGUCUACGAGAAGCUCCGAAAGUGGCAAGUGGUCACGAAUUUCUUCCAAACUCCCCCCCUUUUUUUUGUUUUAUGAUAAUCCAUUCAGUCUCGGAGCUUUUACGACCCCCGUCUCUUGUACAUUUCUUGUGUGAAAUAAAUCAAGUUGAAUAUA